AAACGACCAUUGGAUGUUGUAUACUACUACAUUCGUUUCUUUGACGGCUUCUAAUCCAUUUGUAUCUGCACGUGACUCAUUGGUUUCAAUGUUUGAUGACAUAAGGAAAAAGUACAUUGCAGGACAAGGAAGUGAACGGCAUCCUGAGGGUAUGUUUGCUCACGAAGGCCGGCCCUCAGGAGGGGAAAGUCUGAGACAGGAGAUCUGGAUUAGGCCGGACAGCGGUGCAACUCAUCGCCGCAC